AAACCCAACCGAAAGACCAAGCCCCUCUGAGAGUCCUAGUCCUACACAGAUUAAAAGAAUUCCAGGAAAUUCCUCUUUCUUCCACGCAACCGAACUCCUCUCUCUCUUCCUCUUCGGUUUCUCCUCUCUUCAAUCAAUUCCCUGUUGCUUCGUCUUCUGAAAUUAACCUCAAACCCUCUCUUGCAAUCCUCUGAAAUUCUUUCAUUCCAGCGGUUUUUUUUUUUUUGCCCCAAAUUGUUUACUGGGUACCUGUUGAAUUCACUGAAUUUCAUUUAUUUCUGGCUCUGUUAGUUUGAUUACUCCCUAUACUUUGGUGGGUUGCAGGAUUGGUAGAGGAAAUCCAAUUUGUUAUUGCGGCACUGGAGAUUGAAUUUUAGACUUCCAUUUUUUGUCAAAGAUUGCUACAAUUUUUUUAGCUUAUCUUUGAUCACAAUUACUACAAUUAAUGGGAAGAUGAAAAAGAAAAAUGAAGUAUUCCACUACUUAUAUUUUCCAAGCUAAAAUAACAAGUACCGGGAUAAUGCACCUUUCCUUCAUACUUGUAAGUGGUUUGGGGAAUGGACUGGUUGUAUUUGCAUACUGUUAGUCUUUGUGAAUGAUGUUCAGUGGGCCAAAGAGUGUAAAUCCGUUCAGUGUAUUCCAAUCGAAAUGGCGUGGUGAAUCAUCUUUGACUACAGGCUUGCUUAAGGAUGUGUCUCCCGAGAUUGAAUUGUCUGACUAUGGAAGGGUACCACCAAGUCCUGGUAGUGAGAGCCCUUCGGGACUUCUUAAUGGUGAUUCCUUGAAUGUGGAACCAAUUGCUGAUUUGGACCUAUUCUUUGAAAGGCUUUACAGCUACUAUUGUGAGAAAGGGCUUUGGUGCAUCAUUAUAAAGUGGAUAGUUGAGCUUCUAAGCCUGGGCUUCACAAUUUGUUUCUCGGGAUUUUUCUUAUUAUUUGUUGACUGGAAUGGUCUUCGUAAUGCAAAGUGUGGGAUGGAUGCAGUUGAAUCUGGAAUUAAGCCUUGUGAUCUUGCUAAGGAUGCUCUUCAUCAGCACCCAUUAACUCCCCUAACACUUACCAAAGCUAUUAUUGUUGGAUAUUUAGGGAUAUUUUCCAUUUAUUGGAUCUUUUGUUUUUUGAGGUUUUUUGCUCAAUUAAAGGACACUUUGGGGAUUCGUCACUUUUAUUACAACAGUCUCCAUGUUACGGACAAUGAAAUUCAAACAAUGCCAUGGGCAACAAUUCUUGAGAAGGUUGUUCGGCUGCAAAGUUCACAACAGCUCUGUGUUGUUAAGGAUCUUUCUGCUCAUGAUGUUGUAAUGCGAUUGAUGCGCAAGGAAAACUACUUGAUUGGAAUGGUCAACAAGGGGGUUCUUGCAUUCCCAAUCUCUCAGUGGAUCCCUGGUGUUGGGCCGACGGUCAAAUUUGGCUCAUAUGGAGCACAACAUCGUCUGAUACUGACAAAGACCCUUGAGUGGACCUUAAAUUGGUGCAUACUGCAGAGCAUGUUUGAUCGAAACUUCUGUGUUAGAAGGGAAUUUAUAUCUAAUCCAACAACCUUAAAGAAAAGGCUUAUGGUAGUUGGGCUUGCAAUGCUUCUUCUUUCACCAUUUCUUGUCAUAUUCAUGCUGGUGUAUCUCUUCCUGAGGCAUGCCGAACAAUUCUAUAAUCACCCAAGUACUGCAUCAUCUCGAAGGUGGUCAACUUUGUCAAAGUGGAUCUUUAGGGAAUAUAAUGAGGUGGACCAUUUGUUCAAGCACCGGAUCAAUAGCAGUGUAGAGCAUGCUUCUAACUAUCUCAAGCAAUUCCCGUCUCCUAUUAUUUCUAUUAUAGCAAAGUUCAUCUCCUUUGUAUCUGGCGGCUUUGCUGCUAUUCUAAUCAUCAUUGCAUUUCUGGAGGAGUCGCUACUAGAGGGCCAUAUAUUUGGGCGCAACUUGUUUUGGUAUGCUGCUGUUUUUGGAACUAUAACAGCAAUCAGCCGGGCUGCUAUUACAGAUGAGCUUCUAGUCCUUGAUCCUGAGGGAGCAAUGUCUAUGGUGGUCCAACAUACACAUUAUAUGCCAAAGAGAUGGCGUGGCAAAGAAAAUACUGAGAUUGUCUGCAUUGAGUUUGAAACCCUAUUUCAGUAUACUGGAAUGAUGCUACUUGAGGAGAUGGCCUCAAUUUUCCUCACUCCAUAUUUACUUAUAUUUGUUGUCCCGAAGCGUGUGGAUGACAUUUUGCAGUUCAUUGCAGAUUCUACAGUGAAUGUUGAAGGUGUUGGUCAUGUCUGCAGUUUUAGUGUCUUUGACUUUCAAAAAUAUGGCAAUAGCAAUUAUGGUUCACCACACAAUGCACCUCGCACUGAAAGGAGUUCCCAGGGGAAAAUGGAGAAAUCAUUUUUGAGCUUUCAGAGUAGCUAUCCUUCAUGGGAACCAAACACUCAGGGAAAGCAGUUUAUAUCGAAUCUUAGGACUUUCAGGGAGCAAAAUCUGCAAGGUAAGGGAACUAGACAGGCAUAUUCUCCUUCUAGAAUGUGGCGUGGGAGCCCCACUUUUAGAGGCCAUGGAGACCGACGCAACGUUUUCUCAAGGGAGCAUACACAUAAUAUUCUUGGGACUGGCUAUCACUUGGGUUCUCUCUGGCUAAUUGAUGCAGAUCAAAAGAAUCACCCGUAUCUUCUUGAUUGGUAUUAUAUGUCACAACCUAACCGCGUGACUGGUUACUCGAGAGAUGGUGCACCAGAACCUUUUGAAGCAACUGAGCAACAUCCCGGAGAUGAUUGGACGCCAUCCAACUUGACACAAAAUGAACCAAAGUAUGAAGAAUACUGGGGUCACCAUUAUGAGGAUCGAACCCAAUCCCAUCUGGGGGCUUCUACAUCAACUCGUUUCUUCCGGGAUAGUGUAAUAAGGCACCAUGAUUCUAGUAAUUUGCGAAACCCAACCAGAAGCCAUUGGUGGGCUAGAAGUGGCCCAGAUGCUGCCCAGCUCCAGACAAGUUUUCUUGAGCCUCCUGAUUUCAUUCACGAGAGUUCAGACAAUUAUCAUGAUAACUUUUCAGAUCGAAUCUCAGAGGAGCGAGAACAACACUUGGACUGGAGAAAUGACCACCAAUUAUCCCGAACCACGUACAUGGACGACUUAGAGGCCGGGGAGUUAAAUCUUCAUUUCGAUGAUAUAUAUAGCAGACCUCCAGAAACUCCCAGAAUAAAUCCAGAGGCUACAAGCUUCGGCUGAUCAGGCAAUUCGAAUGCACAAAGGUUUCCAGUACUCUAAUUGUGAUAUCUGUUGUGUGUAUAAAGGAAACUGUGUAUUCUUUGUUGUAUAUAAAUUCAUUUUGGGGUUAAUCUCUCAAUAGGUUUAAAGCUUGACCUAGAGGUCCAGAUUCCCCAGAGGCCUUCUGAAAAUGUAAAAACUAGAAACAAAUACAAGUAAUCGACCGCAUUGGUUUAUAUCUUAAAAACUAGGGCAUUUUAAUUUUUAGAACAAGUUGAUGUUUGUCCAUUUGCUAA